AUGGCUCCUGCUCGUACAGAGACCAACAUCACAGCUGAAAAACUUUCGAGGGAGUGGACAAGUCAGCAAGCAAAGCUUGCAGCUCGCGUCAGCAGCAGCACACAUGCUGUGCUUGAACUAGACGAGACUGGAGAAACGCUCUGCAUAUGGUAUUGGCCAGUUAAUGAGGAUGGGGAACAUAUUGUUCCCUCAGACCUAGUAGUGUAUCGAAACUCUCACCAAUUCCAAGCACCACACUGCCUUUGUGCAUUUAUGGAUGACCAUGACCCUGUCAAUCACUGCGAGGCUGCCAUAGUAAUCUCAAUGCAGGGACCAAAUGCAGGACAGUAUGUAGCCUGUUGUGCAUUGAGCAAAUGCAGUUAUGUUGGACCUGAUGAGGCCAGGCCGCUUGAAAUCAUGUUUUUUGAUGGGAAUGACAUCAAAGUUGGACUCAUCCAACGGCGCCAGCUUCAGCGAAAUGAAAAAACACUCGAAAGGCUGCUGAAAUUGGACUCCUUUACCCAGCCCAGCCUCACAGUGGAUGAAUUCCACAGAUUUCUUACACUGUGCAAUGGUUGUGAGCUGAUAAUGACAAGGUGGAUGUUUGAGCAUCACCGUUGUGUAGGAAAGCAAAGAGCCGAGGUUAUCAAUUUAACUAUAGAAGAAAAUUAG